AUGCCACUUCUUGAUCCACCCCCAGGACCGUCGUACGGCACGAUCGAGUACGAAAACGCCGAAAUGGAUACCGAAAGGGACCAGUUAUUGCAGGAUGGCUACGAGGUUGAGGAUCAGUCCGACGAAGUCUCUACAUUGGAUGGAGUGCAGGAGGGAGUCCGGAAGAUUGAAGCGAUCAAUCUGACUUGGACAACCAAAUCUUUGAUGGUGGCCUACGUCAGUAUAUUCCUCAUGGCAUUCUGCACAUCUCUCGAGGGUCAAACUGUUAUGUCACUGUCGGCGUAUGCGACGAGUGCUUUCAGCAAGCACUCGUUGAUCUCGACCGUCCUGGUUAUCCAGAAUGUGGUCAAUGCUGUCAUCAAACCUCCCAUGGCUAAGAUCGCCGAUGUAUUCGGUCGCUUCGAAGCUUUCUGUUUGAGCAUCUUGAUCUACAUGCUGGGAUACAUCCAGAUGGCUGCCUCCACCAAUGUUCAGACAUACGCCUCGGCUCAAAUAUUCUACUCCGCAGGCUCAACGGGUUUGCAAAUCCUCCAACAAGUUUUCAUCGCCGACAGCAGUGACUUGCUCAACCGUGCCUUCCUCGCACUUCUGCCCGAAUUCCCAUUUUUAGUUACGGUCUGGCUCGGCCCGACCAUUGCGGGUGCGGUGCUGAGUACUACGUCAUGGCGAUGGGGUUAUGGAAUGUGGGCUAUCAUCCUGCCUGCGUCUUUCCUGCCACUCGCCCUCACAUUGCUGUUAAACCAGCGCAAGGCCCAGAGAUUGAAUUUGAUCAAAAGGCGGCCCCGAAGACAAGGAGAUCUUACCAGCAUCUUGCGUCAGACCUGGUACGAUCUUGAUGUGGGCGGACUGGCUCUUCUGUCUGCUGCCGUGACACUCAUCCUCGUUCCCUUGACUCUUGCAUCCACCUCGAAGAACGGGUGGAAGAAUAUCAGUAUCUUAGUCAUGAUCGCGCUCGGUGUUGUGUGCCUAUGUCUGCUACCGCUCUGGGAGUCUUCACGAAGAUUGGCUCCCAAGCCUUUGCUCUCUUUACAUCUCCUCAAGCAAAGGACGGCUCUUGCGGGUUGUGCAUUGGCAUUCUGGUACUUCAUGGCCUUUUACUUUUCCGUCCAGCCUUAUCUCUAUUCCUACCUCCAGGUCGUACAAGGGUAUGACGUUGCCACUGCCGGGCGCGUCACCCAGACCUUCGCCUUCACCUCAACUAUCUCCGCCUUCAGCGUAUCCCUUCUCAUCAAGUACACCCGCCGGUACCGCAUUUACGUCACCGCCGGUUGUGUUGUCUACAUGGCCGGACUGUCUCUGAUGCUUCUAUGCCGAGGCGAAGGGGCACCUCACUUCCAAGUCCUGGGCACACAAGUCAUCAUCGGCAUCGGUGGCGGUCUGGUCAAUGUGCCAGUCCAACUAGGCGUUCAAGCCUCCGCCAGUCACCAGGAAGUCGCAGCAGCCACUGCGAUGUUCCUGACUUCCAUGGAGAUGGGCGGUGCAGUUGGCGCCGCUAUCUCAGGAGCCGUGUGGUCGUCUGCCAUCCCACACAAGCUUCUCAAAUACCUCCCCGAAGAAAGCAAAGGACAAGCCGCCGAGAUCUUCGGCAAACUGACCACUGCCCUGUCAUACCCAAUGGGAUCUCCGACUCGCAUUGCCAUUAAUCGGGCAUAUCAGGAGACCAUGAGCCGGCUGUUGGCGCUGGCAGUCCUCGCCACCCUUCCCCUCAUCCCGUUGAGUCUUCUCAUGGUGGACUACAAACUCGACAAGAUGGGCUACGGUAGCCCUGAUUCCCAGAGCGAGAUAAUUCCCGAUGAGAUAGAGCCGAGCUCGGAUAACCGACACUCUAAACGAACAUAA